AGAAGAUAGCGUAUUCCAGAAAAACGGUCUGUUUUGGUUGGUUGUUCACCGCAAGAUUCAGCUUUAAUCAAUAGUACAAAACACUCCCGUCGAAAAUGUCGGAACGAAAAGUGCUUAAUAAAUAUUACCCGCCGGAUUUCGAUCCGUCGAAAAUUCCUCGCGUCAAGCUACCAAAGAACCGACAGUACACGGUACGGUUGAUGGCACCGUUUAACAUGCGAUGCGUAACCUGCGGAGAGUAUAUUUACAAAGGCAAGAAGUUCAACGCCCGCAAGGAGGACGUGGAAAAUGAAGACUACCUCGGCAUCCGGAUAUACCGGUUCUAUAUCAAGUGCACGCGCUGUUUGCAGGAAAUCUCGUUUAAAACCGAUCCACGUAAUACAGACUACGAGAUUGAGGCGGGCGCUACACGAAACUUUAUGGCGUUAAAGCUAGCGGAGGAGCAGGCCCGCAGAGAAGAGGAGGAAGCACGCGAGGAAGAGGCCAGCAAUCCGAUGAAAUUGCUCGAGAACCGUACGCAGCAGUCGCGGAACGAGAUCGAGCUGCUGGAAUCGCUGGAAGAGCUGCGAGAUUUAAACCGCCGUCAGCAGGACAUCGACUACGAUACUAUGCUGCAGCAGUUCGACAGCACGGAGAGCAUCCGUGAACGGGAAGAGCGAUUAGAACGACAAGACGAGGAAUUCAUUAAAACAGUGAAGUUCCAAAACAAAGCUGGCGUUAAACGAGUAGCGACAGAAAUUAUUGUCGAAGAUGUAAAGGAAGAAAUUCCAGAUACUUCUGGUGCUGGUUCGAUAGCUGCCGAAAGCGCCAAAUCCAAUCCACCAGUGACCGCUGGUUCCUCUACUGUGACGACUUCUUCAAACGCCGGGGGCGCAUCGUUCACGACUGCAAAGGCCAGAAAGCUGGACAACAUAAGCAUAGGCGUGAAAAAAUCAUCGCUCAGUAAUUUGGUGGUGAAAAAGAAGCCUCCGGCAGAGGCGUCUAAGGAAAUGCCUCCACCUAAGGUACCUCCAGCGGUGGCACCAGCUGUAGCUAAGGACACGAUCUCUGCCGGAAGUGGAAGUAUCGGAAGCUUAGGACUCCUUGGGGCUUACUCCGAUAGUGAUGAGGGAUCGGACGAGAACUAA